UUCUCCUCUCUUCUGUAAAGGCUGCAGAAGACCUAUAGCUGUAAGAGGACCUUCCAUAAGAAACUGGAGAAGACACCUUCAGCCCAGCUCUCACCAUGCUCAGGAUAGUUUGGGAUGCUCCUCAGCAGUUGUUAAAGAAGAGGAGAGAGUCCCGGAAGCUGGUACUGGUGGUGGUGUUUGUUGCUCUGCUCCUGGACAACAUGCUACUUACUGUAGUGGUGCCCAUUGUACCCAACUUCCUAUAUGCCACAGAGUUCAAAGAAAUCAACACUCCUCUGCACCUUGGCACCACCACAGUUUCCCAGCAUGUCCUUACUCCUCGUGCCUUUUCCACAAUCUUCUCCUUCUUUGGAAAUGACACCAUGGCUAUUAAAGAAAGUGCACCCAGUGGCACAGCAUGGACAGAUCGCACUUCUGGUACCAUCCCUCCUCUAGUCACUGAAGCCAUCCCAGCACAACAAAACAACUGCUUGCAAGGCACAGAGUUUUUGGAGGAAGAGAACAUACGGGUUGGGGUUCUGUUUGCUUCAAAGGCUCUGAUGCAACUUCUGGUCAACCCAUUCGUGGGACCUUUCAUCAACAGGAUUGGAUAUCACAUCCCCAUGUUUGUUGGCUUUGUUAUCCUGUUUCUCUCCACAGUUAUGUUUGCUUUUUCUGGUACCUAUACCCUACUUUUUGUGGCUCGAACCCUUCAAGGCAUUGGAUCCUCAUUUUCUUCUGUUGCAGGUCUUGGGAUGCUGGCAAGUGUCUACACUGAUGACUAUGAGAGAGGGCAUGCCAUGGGAAUUGCCUUGGGGGGCCUGGCUUUGGGAGUGCUGAUGGGAGCUCCUUUUGGAAGUGUGAUGUAUGUGUUUGUUGGGCGGUCUUCACCCUUCCUUAUAUUGGCCUUUCUGGCACUACUAAAUGGAGCACUCCAGCUGUGUAUCCUACAGCCUUCCAAAGUCUCUCCUGAGAGUGCCAAGGGGACUCCACUGCUUACACUUCUCAAAGACCCUUAUAUCCUGGUGGCUGCAGGCUCCCUCUGCUUUGCUAACAUGGGAGUGGCCAUGCUGGAGCCCACACUGCCCCUCUGGAUGAUGCAGACCAUGUGUUCCCCUGAGUGGCAGUUAGGUCUAGCUUUUUUGCCUGCCAGUGUGUCCUACCUCAUUGGCACCAACCUCUUUGGUGUGUUGGCAAACAAGAUGGGUCGGUGGCUCUGCUCCAUGAUUGGGAUGAUGGUUAUAGGUACCAGCUUGCUUUGUGUUCCUCUGGCUUAUAAUAUUUUUGGUCUCAUUGGCCCCAAUGCAGGACUUGGCUUUUCCAUAGGUAUGGUGGAUUCCUCUGUGAUGCCCAUCAUGGGACACCUGGUGGACCUGCGUCAUACCUCAGUGUAUGGGAGUGUCUAUGCCAUAGCUGAUGUAGCUUUUUGCAUGGGUUUUGCUAUAGGCAAUUCUGAGCCAGAACUGCCCCAUGGAGACCCGGAUAUGUGCAACUCAGAAGCCCACAAGGGAAUUUCCUCUGGGGGAAGACAGUGACGAGGAGCCUGGCAGUAAGCAGUAGCAGCAGAAAGUGGUCUCUGAGCCUUGUCACAUGUUCGAUCCAUGAGCCUUGGACUUCAGUGACCAAAGAGUGACCACCUCUUUCCCUAAUCAUGAGAUGUCUAUGGGCUGCUCAACAGGCUUUACUUCCCUCUCCCCUGAGUAUACCUCCCCCUACCCCCGACUUCCAUGAGUGCCAUUCCCCGGUUCUCUCCUUAUCAACGUAACCCAUAGCUCUUCCUCUAAUGCUUUGCUACCUCAGCUGGCCCAUCUUUUAUGGGAGGACAUAGCUAUGCUUUCUCCUAAGCUGUUGUAAGCCUGAUUAAACUUGAGCUGUGGUGGAUUCUGCAAGGAGUGACUCAUUCCAUUGAAACAGCUUUGAGCACAGUGUGCCCCUGAAACCAAUGGGGUAAAUGACAAACUGCAUUUCAUCUAUUAUCUGAUAUUCUUUGGCACAUCCCCAACAGACCAUAAAACUUUGUCCUCUGUUCCUCCAUUUGGUUUUUCCUGAGUUUUCUCAGCUGAGUUGAGAAAGUUUCCUCAACAUUGUACUGCUGCCAAAUUGCCAAUGUGGGAAAUUGUUUGCCUGGUUCUUAGAAGCUGAGUAGUUUUUCUGUGGCUAAACCUAGAGCUGCUAAAGUGACUUUGUCCUCGGUGAAUGGAUGGCCGGGUUUCUACCUUUCCUAAACUUCUUUCACUUUUAGAAAUAAAAGCAGGAGGGCAGAAAAAAGAAAACAUUUUUUUAUCCAAGAUUUUAUCAGAGGAAGUGAAAAGAAACUCCCCUGAAAUCCCUUCAAACAGUGGAUUUCCUAAUACAAAUAUUAUAA